AUGACUGCCUUCUAUGCAGAGGAGAUUAUCUACAACCUGAUUCCCAAAGAGGAGAAAAAACCUGUCAAGACGGUCAGGUAUGGGGGCAAACUAGCAAACAUUAAUUAAAAAAACAAAAAACAAAAAACAAACACCCCUCGGGAAAUAGUACAGAGGGGCUCUCAUCGCACUCCAAAUCAUUUUAAAGGAAAUUAAUUUGGUGGGUUGGAUCCAGCCGUAGUCAGUCAAACGUGGGCAUUAGUGAGAUCAAUGGGGCAAGCUAGUCAUGUUGACUGUAGUGGGAGCUCUUUGCUUUAUUUAUUUACCUUUAGUUAUUUAUUUAUUUAAAGUCACUUCAGCCCCAAAUGACUCCCACUACCACCCCACCCCACCCCCCAGCACCUGCCACCCGAGGCAGCUGCCCCACAUUGCCUGACGGCCGGCCAAUGACUCUUGAAAUAUAAAUGGUGUGCUUCUUUCCGCUACCUCUUGAACGAAAGGUUUAUGUCGACCUUCAAGCCAACUGUGAUACGCGAAAUCCAAGAGAGGAAGACGGCGCCCUCCAAAACCAUGGGGAUCCCCAAGCUCUACAUCCCCACUCCAAGAGAGUUUCUUCGGAAGCAUGCCAACGAACCCAAGCUCUUAAAGCGUACGUUUUAGCAGAACCGUGGGGUCGGGGUGAGGUUCGUUGGAAGCACAAAUCUCCAGAGCCAUUUAAAUCUUCUGUGCUAUGGGUCUCUCCCAAUCCUCAUGGAAAGCAUUUGAGAGAGGACCACCGUCUUUGGGAGGGAAAGAUGCCACAACCACCACUUUGCAUGCUCUGUACAUUGCGGGGAGUUGCACUAGUUGACCCUUUGUGUCCCUUCCAACUUUCAACUGUAUGAUUCUAGGAUUCUGCAUCUGGUCUGAGAGAACAAGCUGGACACUGGACCAGACCAGGCCUACCUAGAAAAGUUCUGCUUUCUUCUGGGGCUGCAAGUGAACCCAGUGUGCAACUGUGCUGUUGUUGUUGAUUUCUGUAUACCUUGUUUUUUCCCUGGUGGGUGCCAGAGGGUCCCCAAGGCAGUUCUUUGCUGAUAAAACAGUUGCAAACGUGUGGCUUUUCCAAAACAAUGCAGGAAGAAGGAACCAAGGCAUCAAGAAGCCGCCAGGGCUGAAUGUGCCCGAGAGGAACGACCACCCCAUCAUGGGCAUCCGAAGCAAGAAGGAUUACAUCUCCUCAAACGUUGCCGAGGCCAUCAUGGCCGUGGCCAAGAAGCCCCUCCGGGCAUGUGUGGACGUGCGGAAGGGAGACAAGUUCCUCCUGGAUGAUUCGGGGCUCAUUCAAAGAUACCUCCACAAAAAGGUAUGGUUCAGAGGAGCGCAGGAAGCUGCUUUUUCUGGAUCUGACUCUUGGACCAUUUGGCCCAGUGUUGCCUACACUGGCUUGCAGCAAAGGCUCUCCAGGAUUUUCAGAUUUGGGGUCUCUCUCAGCCCUCCUUGGAGGUGCCCUUCUCUAGGCACAUUUAAAAAUCUUGGAUGCUUUGGCUAAAAUAAUAUUUAAAAUGUGUUGCUAAGGUUCUAGAGGCCUUACAUAGACUCAUUAAAGACGCUAACCCAAGAGGGCCUUCUCGGUAGUGGCUCCGUCCCUGUGGAACAUCCUCCCACCAGAUGUCAAGGAAAUAAACAACUAUCUGACUUUUAGAAGAUUUCUGAAGGCAUCCCUUUUUAGGGAAGUUAUUAAUAUUUAAUGUUUUAUUGUGUUUUUAAUAUCCUGUUGGAAGCUGCCCAGAGUCGCUGGGGAGACCCAGCCAGAUGGGCGGAGUAUUAGUAAUACUUUUUUGUUAUUAUUAUUAUUAAAUGCUUUUCUUUUAUUCGCAUUUUGCUCAUGAUCUGAUUCACUGGGCAAAUAAUUGAUUAAUACACACAUACAUAUAUAUAUCCAUAGUACCAAAACUAAAGUAUUUGCCGCUUUGUUUAUUCUUUUUUUUUUUAAUGAUAUUUAUUAAAGUUUCAAAAAAAUACAAAAAAUACAGAAUACAGAAAGAAAAAGAAUAAAGUUUUUUUUAAAAAUAUAACCAAAAAAGUAAAAAAUAAAAGAAAACAUACCAAAUAAAACAAUUAAAAGGACAUUAAAUUUCCAUAACCUAUCUUCCUUAUACUUAUUUCCCCGGACCUCCUCAUACCUCCCUCUUUUGUAUUCCAGUUCAAUUUGUUGAUUCAGCAAAUCCUUACCUUUGAAAUUACCCAGUUGCUUUGUUUAUUCUUACAGUGAACAUUUUCUCGGUCAAUUUCUUGCCAUGCUUUGUGGGCUUGGAGGAGGAGAUCAGGGGGUGUUCAGGCGUUUUCUGCAGUGCAUCAUUCGGGACAUCCAAGUGUGUUUUCCUUGCAGGAUUUUGGUGUGACACCAAAAUACAUUAAGAAGCGGAUAAUGGACGCCAAGAAGGCUCAGGAGGAGAGCGAUGCUUACCUCCAGCAAGCCCUCCUGCAGAAAGGCCUAACGAGACUCUCCAAGGCAGAGAAGGAGAAAAUCAUGGAGGUACGCAGGGGUGACGCAGAUCAGAUGGGACAGGGGGGGAAAUAAGUUGGCUCAGAAAAGGAGCACCAAAAUUAUCAUGGGGCUGGAGAGGCUCCCCUGUGAGGAAUGGUUGCAGAGUUUGGGGCUUUUUAGUUAAGAGAAAAGGUGAGGAAGAGGCAACUUGAUAAAAGUUUAUCAAGUUAUGCCUCCUGACACCAGCCGGACCCCUAGGCUGUCCUCUUUUUGGUGCCUGCUUAAUACAUUAUUGUCUAGACAAGCUACCCAGAUGUUUAGAAAGUUGAUGCCGGUCUUAAUCUAUUUUUAGUCUAUCAUUACUUAAAACUUUCAACAUCUUAAAUCAUCGUACUUAAUUUUUCUUAGUGAUAAUUUUAUUAUUUUGUCUCUUUUGAAAACGGCUUUGAGGGCUGUUCUUGUUUUUACAAUCAAGCGGUGCAUAUGUUUUAUGAAAUAAAUACAUUCAUUUUAUCCAUUUUUAAAUUUCUUUCUGCACUGCUGGCUGCAAAGGCACAUAAAGCACAUUUUGACAUCCUCCUGCUGCAUACUUCAUAAGUUUGCUUAGAGUUUGCUUUUCCCUUCCUUCUCUCAGGGCCUGAAGAAAAACUGGGAGGAGAUCAACCACGAAUACCAAAGUCUUUCCGUUUUCCUCGAUUCGAUUCCGAGGAGACUUCGCAAAGAGAAGAUGGAGGUGGAGAUGAUGCAGCUGGAACACUACAUCAAAUUACUCGAGAAACACGACAUUGUGUAUAUUUCAAGCGUAUAG